AAAAACACACAAGAGUGCUACAAGAGGAAUGCACGUGAAAUUUGCGUUUAUUUAUUAUUUUUUAAGUGAGAAGAAUUUAUGCACUUUCCAGAAAUUGUUACAAUAUUAGAUUAAGAUGUCAGCGAAUCCCAUAAACGAAUUAAAAAGAAGAUUGGUCGACGACACCACACCGCUUCCGAAAAGACUAUGUCUGGCCAGAAAUGUCAUCAACACCCAUCAUUUUCCCACGGCGGCAAAAGAACGGCUUAUAGGUGAAUGGCUCCAAGGAUUGACAGACGAAAAUGAGCUCUCCGCUGAGGAGUUAAGGAAUGUUAUUGGGUGGUUGAAUGUGGAGGAUUUGACGCGUGACUUCAAAGGAAAAUUAGUACAGAUAGUCUCGACAUAUGUACAAAGAAACUCAAUUAAUAAAGAUGAUGUUCAAAGUAUAAUUUCGUUCUUAGAAAACGUACAAGUCUCCUCACAGCUUAGCAUACAAACAGACGAUUAUCUUAGCAUUACUACGACUUUACUACAAUAUUUGAGAGUCGAAGAAAACUCAAACUUUGAGCAGAGCAAUAAAAUUCUUGAUAAUCUGAUCAAAUAUUACAAAGAUUCGAAGAAAAAAUAUGAAUUUAUUAUAAAAUUUCUCCAAGGGAAUAAUAUAGAAACCGUUUUCGAUUAUUUAGAUACAAAAAAUCGUGAUACUGUAACAGCUUUGUGUGAAAAUGCAUUAUUCCCUAUGAAUAAGAGAUCUUUUUUUAUAACUCUUCUCAAAACAUAUAUAAGGACAGAUAAUAUUGAUGAUUUGAUAGCAGAAAAAGGUGAUAAUAUACAAUCGGUAUUAAAUAUCAUGGAUGCAUUUUUUGGUUUUCCUAAAAGGCGAACCAAUAAUGAUCCCAAAUUCCUAAAAAAUUUUACAGAUAUGUUUGUCAGUUGUUAUAAAAAGGAGAAUCAAUUAAUAUUUGCAUUUUACAUAAUGAUAUGCAAUGGUUUACAAAUGGAACAAAAUUACUUAAUACCAACGACAAGUAUUAAGCCAAUCAGUUUAGAAGAUAAUACCGAAAAAGUUAAAAGAACCUUGUUUUUGAAUAUGUUGGAGAUUUUGUUGAAAAAUGAAGUUGAUAUAGAUAUAAGACUAACUGAUACUUUAGGUGAGAAGAUUUCUAAAGUUGAAACGAAAAAGACAUUUCUUUUAUUUCUACAAGCAACCAUGAUGGGACAAUUAAAAUUGGAGGGAAAACUAGACAAAACUACCAUACAGAUUAUACAUACAGCAUUGAAAUUAGAUCCUACAUUGAUUGAGAAUAAAAUCAAAGAAAUUUUACCUCCAAUAAUGACCGCGAAGAAAAGUAAUAGUGGAAUAAAAGAAGCUUACGUAGAAAUGAUGAAUUGUUUGCUUGAUAUUUUAUUCAAAUUAAGUCGAGGUAUCCCGUUUUUAAAUAAUAUUCUACCAUUGCUCAAUGAAUAUUUGGAAGCCAGCAACACUGAGCAGUUUGAAUUAAAAAUGAAAAUUAAAGAACUGGCAGGCGAUAGUAAAGAUUACGAGAAAGUAAAAAAUAAAUUGAUCGCAUGGGACGAUAUUUUCCCCGUCGAAUGUGUAGAAAUCUAUGGGAAAUUGACAUCGGAAUUAAUGUUUAGGCAAAACAAAGAAUUGUUAGCGUUACUCCAAAAAGAUUUUGAAGAUGUUUGCUUAAAACAGCUUGACGAAGACAUUUUAAAACCAUCGACAAUAGUCCUAACAGAACUAUUGUCGGCCAUCUUGUCGACUUUCUUUCGCUACAACAAAAUGGCGGAUCACACCGUCCCUUUGUACAUAGCUGAAGAUUUCUGGUCUUCGUUUCAAUGUUUUGAAGACGUGUGCUUGAAGAAAUUCGCUGAAUGCGUCAUUAAACAUGGCUGUGAACCAUCAUUACUUCAAUCAUUCCUACAACUGUGCCUCGAUUUCUCUCAACUAAAACUCCUUAAUAUUACAUAUAGCAACACCAAGUUGGAUUUGCCUGGUGUUGGCAACACCGAUGUUUAUGAUUUGAGUGCAUUUCUUCUUCCAUUCUUGGACGGAGAACAAUGGAAGAAUAUUUGUUCUUCAAUAGAAAAUAAUCAAACAACUGCUAUUUUGGAUAAACUCGUGUUAAUUACAAUCAAAUUUAAAGAGAUACUAAGUGAAACAGAAAUCAUGGAUGAAAACAUUGUGUCUGCUAAAAGUCGCCUCAUAAAACAAACUGCCACUAAUUCUCAUUAUUUUACCGGAGAAAAUUACUUCACUAAAGUGCUUUUAAAUAAUUUAGAUAAAAACCUACUCAAGCAAAUGUCGAAAUGUAUAAUAAAGCUUUAUUUGAGCAGUUCAGACCAAAAUAUAUUGAAAAAUGAAGCAAUAAUGUCAAAUAGAGACUUACUAAAUGCACUUGUGAUUGAAACGUGUAGAAAUAUAACCAAAUGCUUGGAUAAUACGGAAUUAUUGGCAAAAUCUUUGAAUAAAACUGAUUCAGAUUUGGGUGAAUUCGCUAAAGAACACAAUAUGAAAAAAUACUUUGAGAAAAUAUCUAAAAUUGAUGAUGAUUCUGCAAUAGCGAAUUGUGUUGAGAUACUAAAAGAGUUACAAAUCUACUAUUUAGAAGAAAAGUAUCAGUUGGUGGCAAUUUUCGUGUUGCUAGCAUUGAAAAAGUGUUGUCAUAAGAAAAUGAGGCGGAAUAUUGAUGUUGUACUACACAACAUUUUUGAAUUGAGCACCCAAUCGCCAGAUUUGUACAAAAUAUUUCCUAUACAAUUUAUAUUUUCUUUUCAAGAUGAAACGUUACUCAAUUUAUUGACGUUAAAGAAUAAAACGUCGAAUAGCAUGCUUAUAAUUAAAAGCAUAUUAGAAUCGACAGUGAAAAGAGUUCGCUCUGAAAGCAGUUUGGUUAUUAAUGUCGUCGAAAUAUUAUUAAAAAAUCUGGAUGAAAAUAAAUCCACUAAUAUUGAAUAUUUUAGCGAUACGGCUUUCCAAAUUAGUUGCAUAAUAUUACCAUUAAUUGCAAAGCAAAAGAAAGCCUUAACAUCUAGCGCUUUCCGGUCUAUUUUAGCGGAUUUGCAAGAAAAAUUGCAUAAAUCAAUGUUAGACGCGUUCAAAAGCAUAAAUUUCAAGGAUAAUAGUCUUUUGAAUACUACCGUUGGCAACACUGAAGAGAGCAUGGUAGUUUCUGAGAAUGAGAUGGCAAUACUGAACGCUAUGGCGGCAUAUUCGCUCACUCUAUCAAAGUAUUGUGAAACGACUGAUGUUGAAGAAAUCAAGAAUUUAGAUUGCUUAUGGUCGGGAUUGGAGUUCUUUGUACAAAACGCUAUUCACACGCUAGUCAACCCAGAAACAAAAUCUCAGAACUUAGAAACAUCAAUACAAUUACUAAACAUAACACUUAGAUACCUAAAGAAAUUAGAAUCCCACUAUAUCUUCGAGACCAAAGACAAGAUCCUUCUACAAAUAUGGCAGAGCGUGAAGACUAGAUUGUUUAUGAUAUUCGAGAGCGGGAGUAAAGUAUUUUUGGAAGAUAUAGGCGUCACUAUAAAGUUUUUGUGCGAACAUACAGAUGUGGAUUGUUUUGUUAAUAAUUAUGUUUCGGAUUUAACAGCUCUGUCGGUUUUGGAGAAACCGCUUAUAAAGAGAAAGGAAGAUAUACAAAAAAUUCCAAAUUCACUUAAAGUCUCCCAAUUUUUAUGGACAAAUUGUCUCAAAGCGAACAUAACUGGCCCCAAAUGUAUUUCCAUGACGAAAUCAAUUUACCAAACGUGUAAAAGUGCAAGAAAUUACAUAUGGCAACACUACGGGAACUACCAAUAUGGCGUCGUGAUUAGGAGGAAGAAAAAGAAGAUGGCGGCGGAAUUGAGAGAUGUAGAAGAUAUUAAUGUGGUGAAAUUAGAUGAUUAUACUUGUGAAUUGAUUAGAAUGUAUUUGAGUAUACUUACGGAAACCAUUAUGGCAGCUAAGAAGAUCACCCUUGACUACAAAUUCUUAGACGCGAUAUUCGAGCUCCAGCAACAGAUACACGUAAUUUUAGGCUUUAACACUACGAACGUAAGGUGCGAAGUCUCCUGGCAAUCCUUCUUCGCAUUGUUACAAGGCAGUAUAGGCAUUUUGAACAGCCUUAUUGUUGCUAGAGAAGAGCUUUUAGAAGACAGAUGGCCAUGUUACAUGCACUGUUAUAGAGUGUUAGUCGUUUGUUUAUGCGAGAGAUCCAUAGACACGCAACCGGGAAGAGACAUAGAGGAAAAGUUGGCAGAGACCGCUCAUAAUAUUGAGAAAUUAACCCAAUCGAUGUCGAAGCGUAAAACUCACAUAUCGCGCAUAGCCGCUUACACUGUAGCCGAAUUGUGUGCCACUAUAGAACGAACAGCGCCAUCUAGGGUGUUAAGGCAGCACAUUGAAAACUCAAUUUCAUUGUUGAUACAGGCGUCGGAUACCACUUACUGCGUAGCUUUCUUGAGACGCGCAUUGGCUGGAUGUCCCGGUCAAAUUACGUUGACGAAUUUAUAUACUAUGUACAAACGGUAUCAUAAAUAUACUGGUAAUGCGUAG